CCCCCGCCCGCCGCCACAGUGGGGCCGGCCUCUUCAUUGACGUCGGUCCCUAAGCCUGGCAGGUCUAGCGGAGCCGCUAGGACGGAAGGAAGGCCCGAGGCCUGGCCCACGGGCCGCGCGACUACCCGAGACGAGGUCCGCGGCCCGGCGACCCGGAGCCUCUGGGGUUGCCCUGCGGAGAAGAAGGUGCGCGUGCCGCUCCUUAGAGCGAAACCACCUGGACAGACGGCGACCUCAGGAUCCCCUAAAAGGCAGGGAAGAGAGGAGGACGGGGUCAGCGAUCCCAAAGUGGACCUGCCCGUGUUUCUUCUAGUUAGAAAUCGACCUUGGAGAAGAUGGAAGGGGAGCAGCGGCCGGCGCCCUACCAGGGCCUGUUCGCGGACGGGCACCUGGUCCUGUACACGCUGUGCUCGGUGUUGCUGCCGGUGUUCAUCACUUUCUGGUGCAGCCUCCAGCGAUCGCGCCGGCAGCUGCACCGCAGGGACAUCUUCCGCAAGAGUAAGCACGGGUGGCGCGACACGGACCUGUUCAGCCAUCCCACCUACUGCUGUGUGUGCGCGCAGCACAUCCUGCAGGGCGCCUUCUGCGACUGCUGCGGGCUGCGCGUGGACGAGGGCUGCCUCAAGAAGGCCGACAAGCGUUUCCACUGCAAGGAGAUCAUGCUCAAGAAUGACAGCAGGGCCCUGGACGCCAUGCACCACCACUGGAUCCGGGGUAAUGUCCCCCUGUGCAGUUACUGUGUGGUUUGCAAGCAGCAGUGCGGCAGUCAACCCAAGCUCUGUGAUUACAGGUGCAUUUGGUGUCAGAAAACAGUGCAUGAUGAGUGCAUGAAAAGCAGCUUAAGGAAUGAAAAGUGUGAUUUUGGAGAAUUCAGAAACCUCAUCAUUCCACCAAGUUAUUUAACCUGUAUUAAUCAGAUGCGUAAAGACAAAAAAACAGAUUAUGCAAUGCUAGCCUCUAAGCUUGGAAAGCAGUGGACUCCCUUAAUAGUCCUGGCCAACUCUCGUAGUGGAACUAACAUGGGAGAAGGACUGCUGGGAGAAUUUAGGAUCCUCCUAAAUCCAGUCCAGGUUUUUGAUGUAACUAAAACUCCCCCCAUCAAAGCGCUACAGCUUUGUACUCUUCUUCCCUUUCACUCAGCUCGAGUACUUGUUUGCGGAGGAGAUGGGACGGUGGGCUGGGUCCUGGAUGCAGUUGAUGAAAUGAAGAUUAAGGGACAAGAGAAAUACAUUCCACAAGUUGCAGUCUUGCCUCUGGGAACAGGCAACGAUCUAUCCAAUACCUUGGGUUGGGGUACAGGUUAUGCAGGAGAAAUCCCAGUGGCACAAGUCUUAAGAAAUGUGAUGGAAGCAGAUGGAAUUAAACUAGACAGAUGGAAAGUUCAAGUAACAAAUAAAGGAUACUACAACUUAAGGAAACCCAAGGAAUUCACAAUGAACAACUAUUUUUCUGUUGGACCGGAUGCUCUCAUGGCCCUCAAUUUUCACGCUCAUCGUGAGAAGGCACCAUCUCUGUUUUCUAGCAGAAUUCUUAAUAAGGCUGUUUACUUAUUUUAUGGAACCAAAGAUUGUUUAGUGCAAGAAUGUAAAGAUUUGAAUAAAAAAGUUGAGCUAGAGCUGGACGGUGAGCGAGUAGAGCUGCCGAACCUGGAAGGUAUUAUUGUCCUGAACAUCGGCUACUGGGGCGGUGGCUGCAGACUGUGGGAAGGGAUGGGCGACGAGACCUACCCUCUAGCCAGGCAUGAUGAUGGCUUAUUGGAAGUUGUUGGAGUAUAUGGGUCUUUCCACUGUGCUCAGAUUCAAGUGAAACUGGCGAAUCCUUUUCGAAUAGGACAAGCACAUACAGUUCGGCUGAUCUUGAAAUGCUCGAUGAUGCCAAUGCAGGUAGACGGGGAGCCUUGGGCCCAAGGGCCCUGCACUGUCACCAUAACCCAUAAGACUCACGCGCUGAUGUUGUAUUUCUCUGGAGAGCAAACGGAUGAUGACGCCUCUAGCACUUCAGAUCCCGAGGACGCCAAGGAAGCCGAGUAGAUGGAGGAGGAAACGAGAACUUAGCAUGAGGUCUCGCAAAUGAGUAGAUAACACAUUCCUCCGAAAUAGAACUUCCCUGUCGACCAGUUCAGUCUUCAUUUCCUCCGUAGUACAAAGGGUAUGCAUGUGUGUACAUCGCAUUCCAAAAACAGCCGGACUCUGCUUAUUUACAAAUGCCUUGGUCUUUUUUUCAGCAAACGCUGUGAUCUUAGAGCAUUAACUUUUAAACGUCACGGGAUGUUCCAUGAAGAGAGUGGGCCCACUCAAGUGUGCACUCUGUUCCUUAGUCUUGAACCUCACAGUUGAUGGACGUGUACCUCCAGCAAGACGAGGGUGGGAAAAUCAUCUCCAUUCUAAUUCACGAUGUGGCCACAUGGUAAUAUUUGAACAAUUACCGGCUUUUUUGAAAGGAGAUGUCCGCUGUCAGACCAGCUGGUUCUUGCUGAACAUCCUCCUGCAGCACGCCUCUACGGUUCCUCCGGCCCAGCCCCUAGUGGAUCCAUAACACCGAUUUCUGAGAAGCCCUAAGAGGGGAAAUGUAAAAGAAAGACAACGCUGAAAUUUGUUAUUUUAAGUUUUAUUUUCGGAGCAUUUUCAGACCCCCAGAUGUUGUUUGGUUAACUCUGUUAAUGCAUGGAGGUGAAACUCAGCAUAUUCUGUAGAUCUCCAUAGAGGACCGCAUAGGGUGAAUUGUAAAAAUUAACAUUUAGAGCACUUUGGGUUGAAAGUUACAAGUUUUGAGCUGGACAGUUUACCGGCUUCGUUUUGGAUUAAAAGGGCAGAGUCAACAAUUCAAAAAAAAAAAAAAAUGUACUCAAGAAAAUUUUUCUAGUCACGUUAAUUGCCUAAAAAAGUUCAGCAUUGGUAAGUUUUUAAAAUGUAGUGGUCUUGUAGUAUUUUGAACUAUACUAGUUUUUUAUAUCCAAAGUACUUAAUAGAAUUUCCCUUCGGGGGAGUGGACAGGAUCCUCUGCUGAAACGUUUCUAUCAUAUUUAUUUUAAAAUGAGAGCUAUAUUUUUUUUACUUAUUUAUUUUCUGCAUUGUGGUAUACGUGUGUUUAGUGUUUAUAAUAUAUUGCUUUAUUUAAUGUCUUGCUCACUGAAAUUCUGCUACUCGCAACCAGAUAGAAGUGUAGCCUGUUGACUAAGUAACUAUUAAAACCGUAGUUUAAUUCUCCUGACAGAUGUAUUACCUAGAUAGUCUCAGAAGUCCUCCUCAAUAUUUUUAAAAACAGGGAAAUGAAAGCACUGGGCAACUGCUCUUGGAUAGCUGAAAGCUGGCGUUGUUUCAUUUGGGAGCCGGUCUGGUGGUUGGCAGGUUAGCAACCAGAGGGUGCUCCUCUGUUGCUCCCCGAACCUAUUCCCACGGCACCCACUCCCCACUACGCAGUUAGGCCACCCCAGGGGGCCUCCAGCCUGGUGUUUCUAGGACAGAUGACCCAUUUGUGGGCUGGAUGGUCUUUUGUGGCAUUAAUCUCUGAAAGAUUAGAAUGUAUCCCCCGAAGACUCCAUUAGCUUCCUUUAAGGAGCCGUUACGAAUCUGUCAUCUGUUAUGAUUUGCCAGAAAUUUAGAUUUCAGUCACUUCAACCCCAGGCCAUGUAUUGAAGGAACAACUAGGUAGUAUAUACAGUAGUCAAUCCAUUAUACAGAAUGCUUUUCCUUUGCUUAAAUUAACCUCUUACAGAUCUCAGGGGAAGCAGCUAAAUUCUAGUCAUGAAAGAUUUUGUGAGCAAAGCCGUUUUUACCUUAUUCGUGCACCUUUCACAGUAGGUUACCUGCUGCAGGUGGUGGGAAAGUGUGUAGAUAUCUUUCACGGGCUGAUCAUGUUUUGCAUAUAAUGAGUUUCAUUUUUUAAUUCAUGGUCAGAAUUGUCAGAGAUGUCACAUUUUACAAGUAUGGUUAAAUUCACUUUUCUUCGAGCUGUAUUUUAUGUGUAAUUCAUAGUGCUAAUUAUAGAAUCACGGUAAAUAGUUUGGAGUAUCAGAAUUAAAAUAAUCAAAAUAACUCAUAAUUUUUUUAAUUGGUAAACCUGGACACUAACCAUAAUGUUCCAUUGGAUUUAGAAUAGGCUUUUAUGUAUACCGUCCUCAGUAAUUUUUUUAAAAAUUGGUUUUUCAAUUGUCAUAAUCCAUGAAAGUUUUUCCCCUACCUGACAUUUCAUGAAAUUUUUCUGUUACCUUAUUCACUCAUUCUGACUUAAUUUUUAUUUGGGAAAGUUCUUUCAGAAUACCAUAUCAUAAUCGUGCUGUCUUAUUUUAGAAAAACUCACUUAACUUUUUUGGCACAUUUACCCAGCAUUUCAAAUAAAUGUGCCUUGUUUCAUAAGUACAAUUUACAGGGCUUGUGUUUGCAAGUUAUAUAUUAGGGUAGCAAUUGUUGACCUUACCAGGGAUUCCACACUUUACAAAAAAAAUGAUUUUUGUCACAGGAUUUUUCUCUUGCAUUUCAAACUGUCUUGAUUUUUUAAAAAUAACAAUUUCUACAUUCUCAGGAAGAAAUAGGUAAAGCAUGGUUCCGUGUCUAUUUUCAGAUUUCUCUCGUCUUUUAUGUCCUAUACAUUCCUAACUCCUCGCAAACUUAAUAGCUUAAAUACCGAAUACCUGGCAGCUCUUAUGGAUCCCAUAAGUAGAUGGCGAUAAUUUUCAGUGCUUUAUUAUGUUUUAUAGAAAUCAGACCAACUUGUGCUUCUGAAUACAAGUUGUCUAAUGGUAAGAUUAUAUGAUCUUAAAUGUGUUUUAGGUUUUCUGCAACAAGUAGCUGUGAAUCCUUAAUGUAGCUAAUGUUUAUAAAAAUUUUAUAGUCAGAAUUAUUUAUUUUUAUUUUUUAGGGUGUGUCAAAAACAUGUAGUAUUUGCUUUUUGGAAUAUGUUUGCCUACUUAGAGUUGGAAAAUUUACUGUGAUUCAGAAAUUGUAAACAAUCCUUUUUGCGCUGUAAAAAUGAAUACUUACCAGCAUGUCAAAAGAAAAAUAGUGUGCAUUUGUAAUAUGAAGCAAAAUUAUAUUUAAUGUAUAUUACAGAAUUUUAAAUUUGCACUAACUAGAAAACUUUAAAGGUGAUAUUAAUUUACAGGUUCACGUGGAUCCGAAUACAUAAUUUGUAUUUGUUCAGCCAGAAAGGUCAAUGGAUGAUAGUGUUGUGUGAUUUUUUUCCCUCAAAAUGAUAUUAUUGAAACAAGAACCAGCACUUUAUAUUCAGGCUUUUUUUUUUAUUCUACCUGAUUUGGGACAAUGGAAUGUAGGGAGAUUUAUGAAAAAAAGGUCUAGAAUUUUGAAGAGAAAAAAGAGUGUUGCCACUCUAUCCCAAUCCGAAUGAAAGUGUAUUCUCAGCAACAAGGCAGAGGAGGUUGUUUUGGUUUUGCUUUUUAAAAGUAAGCCCCGGCCUGUCUCUGAUUUUCCCAUGAAGGCCUGCCUAUCUCCCAUUUCUCAGAGUGUGAUCUGCAGGCUGCAGCAUCAGAACCACCUCGGGAGCUGGGUUGACAGUGUGGAUGCCUAAACCCAACAGCCAGCCCUCGACUUCAUGAAUCGGGGUCUCUGGAGAUGGGAUGUAGGCAUCUCUGGUUUCAUUAGCAGGUGCCUCAGGUGCUUCUGAUGUACACUGAAAUUUUAAAGUUUACCGUUCUGUACCUCACGUAGGGCUUCUGUGCCCUCACACCCAGGGCUUUUGCCAUGUAGAUACCAUGCAGGAAAUUUGAGUUUAAUUGGAUAUUCUUAAAUCUGUUUUUCUUUACUCCACUAAUUGCCCUCUUCCCCCCAGUCUGUCUUGGAAAGGAACUCUGUGAAAAAUGUGUUGUUGUCCUGUCCAAAUUGAUGAACUCUAUUACAUAAAUAUUGGUAGCCUCAGAUUUUUAUGCUUCAUGGAGGCUUGGAGGACAGGCAGUGCUUCAAGGGCCAGUGGUGUGGACCCCCGUGGGGGCUCCUGCCCUCUCCCCAGGCUAGGGUGUGUGCAGCUUCAGAUCAGAUUUCAGUAAAUAAUACACUUCCUUUAAAAAAAAAAAAAUCCACUAUUUUUUAGUAAGGGUUCGGAAGCCACUAUAAUGACUCUGUCACCGGGGUUAAUUUUCUACUGAUUUUUACAUAUUUAGAAACCUCAUUUUUUUUGUAAAAAGAAUAUUUCGGAUGUCUCAGUUGCUGCUUAGAAUAUGUCCACUUGGCUGUUGCACAAGUUUUGAGGCAUUCUGCUGAAUGUUAAAGCACUGACAGCUUCUGUUCCUUGUGUUUCUAAUUUUAGUGAAGUAUGGAAAUGGUUUGUGUAGUUAAUUGAUUUUGGUUAUUAUGUAAAUUACACACACAUUUACCCCCAUGGCCCUGACUGUGCGGUCAGUGCAUGAGGCUGCCAUAUCUCAAAAUAGUGCAUUCUUAGGUUCUGGAGAAAAGAAUCAAAAAAUGUUGCCCUCUAAUACAGAAGUCGCAAAACUUAACUAAAAUGGUGAACUUAGUCAUCUACAGAAAUUUCUGCAGAAAAUGUCAUCUAGAAGCUUUAAGUUUGGAGUUCUCUUGUGGCACAGUAGGUUAAGGAUCCAGCAUUGUCACUGUAGUGGCUUGGGUUGCUGCUGUGAUGUGGGUUCCGUCCCUGGCCCAGAAACUUCCUCGUGCCACAGGCAUGGCCAAAAACAAUACAUAAAUAGAAGCUCUAAGUUUAAGUGGACUGCUGAUAUGAGACAUAGGACACUUCCUUGGUCUCUGCAAAGAUGCCCAGGCUACUUCCCCACUAAAGGAAGUGUCACAGCUGAAGGCACCUGACAAGGUGGCUGUAAUCUAGGCAGUCACCACUGUGUGGUACUUUUUCAUGACACAAUAUUGAAAAGAGAGCUGGAAAGUUAGGUUGCUCUCCUUGUUCCUCUAAAAUUGUCCAAGCAAAGGGGGCAUCCUGAUUGGAUGAGGAGAUAGAGCUCUCUGAGCAAAUUUUGGGGUAAGGAAGGGCACCUUGUAUAGUUGGGUGAUCAUGGCUCAUAAGAAGAUUUGUUCUCAUCACUCACUUGGGCUCAGCCAACUGUCUUUCUCUCAGAUGUGAUGGGCUUGAAUGAGCCCUACAGAUAAAUCAGUACUCUGAUUUUAGUUCUGUCUUAUGCACGUUUAGAGCAGCCAGAUCCGUGGCCCUGAUCGCUUGCAGGUGCACUGACCAAAGGGGCUCUGGGAACCCACAGGGUCAAGAAUACACGUGAUGGCUCCACUCAAGCAGCCAGCUGGCCACGUGCACCUUCUCUCUGCUGGCCACAGUACUAUGUCCCUAUCACUAAUUACCUUGUGUUAAUUGCUUUUGCUGUAUUGGGUCUGUAUUGCUGUGUUCAGUGCUACAGACAGAGAAAUGUGAAUUAAAGCAUUUGACAUGUUGAA